CGAGUGUCCGUGGGAGGGAGAGAGUAGAAACCUUUGGACAUCCGAUAAGGGAUUGCAAGCACUGUCGAGGGUGAGGCUUAAAUAUAUGAACAAGUGUAAUCAAAUCCUUUUUUGUUGCUAUCAAAAGCGAAAUUCAUUAUCGAGCGAUCAUGAAACAGAUGCUGAUGCUGUCCAUUCGAAGAGACGGAGAUUAGCGAGUGAUGGGAUCUGAUAUUUCAUGACAUCCUAGCAGCGGCUGAGCCACCAUGACAGCCCUUAGGCAGAGGAAGGGCAGCAAAGGAAGUAAGGAGCCUGGUCCAGAAGUCCUGUGCCAGAGGUUCAACCCUUCAGCGGAUCCUUUAGAGAGGUCUUCAGAUGGCGUAUGGACAUGGAGGACAGUGCUAUGGGUUGCCAUAGGUUGGACUGUGGGAAUUAGUCUUGGCAUGCUGUCCUGCAUCUAUGUGGCCACGCUCCACGAAAAUGACCUGUGGUUUUCCAACAUUAAGGAAGUUGAGCGUGAAAUCUCCUUUCGGACAGAAUGUGGCCUGUACUACUCGUACUAUAAACAGAUGUUGAGAGCUCCCUCCAUACAGCAAGGUCUUUCAGAGCUCAUCAAUGAUAAUGCCACUGAAUCCAAGAGAACCAUCAACCUCCUGCGACGCAUGAACAUCUAUCAGGAAGUGUUUCUAGGUGUUCUCUAUAGGAUUCUACCCAUACAGGCCUACCUGGAGCCAGUGUAUUUCUAUAUCUACACCGUGUUUUCCCUCCAAGCGGUGUAUGUCAUAGCCCUGUUCAUCACCAGCUGGCUGCUCAGUGGUUCCUGGCUAGCAGGGGCUCUCACUGGAGUCUGGUACAUCCUCAACAGAGUGGACACAACGCGGGUGGAGUUCACCAUCUCGCUCAGGGAGAACUGGUCCCUGCCCUUCUUCGCUCUCCAGAUAGCUGCCAUCACUUGCUACCUGAGGCCUCACCUCAAACCCAUCCAGCAGAAGGUGGUGUUGUGGCUGAUGUUCCUGGCCACAUUGUGUUUCUGCCUCACCUGGCAGUUUAAUCAGUUCAUCCUGCUGGUUCAGGCUCUCAUCAUCUUCACCCUGGACUGUCUGGACCUCAUCUCCACAGAACAGGUGACCUGCCUGUACCUAGUCCAGGUAAGCAGCCUGCUGUCCGUGUGGCUGCUGCAGUUCUGUAACUCCAUGAUCCUAGGCUCUCUGGCUCUCAGCUUCAUUGUGGCCGCUCUCUUUGUCAAGCACUUCCAGAGAGGGCUGAAGACUGGAGGUCUCGCAGCGCGGCUGGGAAAGCUGCUCCUUCACACCGUCCUAGUCCUUGCACUAACAUUCACUAUUAAUUAUUUAGCCAAGCAAGCGUUGCAGCUCCGUUCUGAUGAACACAUCUUCAAAUUCAUAAAGUCCAAAUUUGGCUUGGGCCCUACCAGAGAUUUCGAUGCCAGUCUGUACCUGUGUGAGGAAGCCUUUGGGCUGCUUCCCUUGGACACGUUUGACCGCUUGGCUGGCACUCUGCUGGCAUACCCUUACCUCGUCACCCUGAUUGUGCUCCUGGUGCUGCUGGCGCUGGUAAUACUGGCCAACCUCUGUGAUUCUUCAGCGGUCGGGCGGCCGCCGAAAGGCCGAUGCGAGGCGCGGCCGAUCUGUAUGCGGGCAGAUGUCGCCUACAAUCUGUUACACACCGUCUUCUUCGGCCUCCUGGCGCUCGGCACCAUGAGAAUGAAAUAUCUGUGGACUGGCCAUAUGUGUGCCUUUGCUGCCUAUGGCGUGUGUGGCAAGGAGCUGUGGUCCCUCUGCCUUAACAUGAUUCACUGUAACACUAAAACAAAGCUGAGGCUGAUCAGGUACACGGUUCCACUUGUCAUUCUGUGUUUUCUAUAUUACAAGUUCUGGCCCAAACUGAUGACGGAAGUAUCAGAACUGAGAGAAUUCUACGACCCUGACACCGUUGAGCUGAUGACCUGGAUUAGCUCGAAGACCCCCAAGAAGGCGGUGUUUGCUGGCAGCAUGCAGCUGCUAGCUGGGAUCAAACUGUGCACAGGGAGAGUCCUGACUAACCACCCACACUAUGAAGACCGAGCUCUGAGAGAGAGGACCAAACAGGUGUAUCAGAUCUACGCCCAGCAAUCCCCAGAGGAGGUCCACGGGAUCCUGCACGCGGCGGGGGCUGAUUUCGUGGUGAUGGAGGACAGCAUCUGCUACGAGAGGAGGCAUGGCCGGGGCUGCAGGCUCCGAGACCUGCUGGAUCUGGCCAACGGACAUAUCAUGGAUGGCCCUGGGGACAACGACCCAGACUUGGUCCACGCCUCCCACCCUCGCUUCUGUGAGUCCAUCAAGACAGACGGCCCUGCCUACACCGCCCUCUUCACCCGCGUUUUCCAAAACAAGACCUUCCACGUCUACAAGCUGAAGAGGGGCAAGAAGAGAGCCCAGGCCGACAGAGAGCCAGUGGCCAUGGAGGAUAAAACCCAGUAAUAAGACCCUGGGGACCCCAUAAACAACCCCCACCCACAUAUCCAGCAGCUCCCCAGUCUCCGUCUCAGCCUCCUGCUCCCUUCCAUGUUGAUAACCUGAUGACUGCUCUGUGCUCCCUGCUCUCUGGUCUACUUGACUUCAUCUGGAACCAUGGCUACACUCUCCCUCCCUCCCUCCCUCCCUCCCUCCUUCCAUCCCUCCCUGCGCCACGGCAGCCAGAGGCAGGUAAUCACGGCCGGCUGACACGGCGCUGAUUUGAGCAGCGUCUGAUUGUGGCGGACGAGCAGAUGAGCACAUGCAUAUCAAACCAGGGCUUUGUGUCAGGAAGCUCAUGUUUAAACAGGAGAGGAGAGAUGACGGCACAUCACAACAACAUUCACGUCUCUCUCUCUCGCUUUCACCCAGACUAAAGGCAGAGCAGAGAAGAAAGAGGAGAGGGACCUUUGAGAGGGAGCUGAUUGAAAGCUAGAGCAGUGGGGGUAAUUAUUGCGAGGACCAGUCUGGUCUCUUUGGUGGCUGGGGCUGCAGCCUGACUGCACAGCUGCACCCUGUGCCAUUUCCUUGUUUUUAAACCGUGCCAUGGCUCGUCUCCACUUGUUAAUGAGGACUCCUCUUUUGAUACUCUCUCACAAAAACACAAAAGUUCUGCAUAAGUUGUCAGUUGUGGUGUAUCAAGGGGAAGUGGCAUUCUCAUUGUAAUGCAUAACAGUCCUAUCACUGUGAAGAGGAUUUGCUUGUUCAUUCCGUUGCAUUGAAAUUGGAUGUUUAAUUUAGGAGUUGGCCAAUAAUACAUUUUACGAGGGAGAAGUAAUUUCAUUAUGUUUGCCUAAUAAGUGCAUACUAAUGUAAUGUUUUUGAGCAUUGACAUUCUUCAUUUUCAUAUUUAUUAAUAAUUCAGUUUAAGAUGCAUUGGUCAUUUAAACCGACAGUAUUUUUUUUAAAUGAGCAAAUGUUAGAGAAAAUCAUGUAUUAACUGUGUCUAUUCGCUCCCAACUCAACACCACAGAAUCAUACAGUAUUAUGUAGAAGGACUGCAUUGUGGGUAAACCAUGACCACUGGUCAAUGUUGAAUUAGGUGAAUGGUUAACAUAUUCAGGGCAACUGGUCUAUGUAGGACUGGCUAACAUCCCGUGGGUAUCAUAGCUAUUCAACGCCUUGGAUGUUGUUUCACGUUGGUGGGCUACAAAGUGGGAUUGAAAUGGAUUUAAUUGUCAUUUUCUCGUCAUGGACGUCGAAGUGAAAAGAAUUUAAAAGAAUAAUAAAAUAAAAUGUAUACAGAUGACUAAACAUUAAAUUACUAAAAUAAAGUUGUUGAAUAUAAGUAUGCACACCCUUUGUUUAGGCAUGCCUAAAUUAGUUUGUUGGUAACAUUUGGCUCAACAAAUCACAAGUUACGUGGGAAAUAAUAGGGGUUGACAUAAUUUUUUGAAUGGCUACUCCGUCCUCUGUCCCCCAUACAAGGUCCCUCAGUCAAGAAUUGAAUUUCAAGCACAGAUUCAACUACAAAGACCAGAGGGGUAUACAACGACGCAAGCUACAGUAGAUCUACUCAGGGUUUUCUAAAGCUAGCCAGCUUCAGUUACUUUCCCAUUCCAGCUCAGGCUUCAUCCGUACUACCACGGGGGAUAUUGCUAGUCCGUCUACCAAACUGCGUGUGCAUGUUGCACAUGGCUAGUCAAACACCAGACUUUUCAUUGAGACUGCAUGUGCAUGUUGCACGUGGCUAGUCAAACACCAGGCUUUUCAUUGAGACUGCGUGUGCAUGUUGCACGUGGCUAGUCAAACACCAGGCUUUUCAUUGAGACUGCAUGUGCAUGUUGCACGUGGCUAGUCAAACACCAGACUUUUCAAUGAGACUGCGUGUGCAUGUUGCACGUGGCUAGUCAAACACCAGACUUUUCAUUGAGACUGCGUGUGCAUGUUGCACGUGGCUAGUCAAACACCAGACUUUUCAUUGAGACUGCGUGUGCAUGUUGCACGUGGCUAGUCAAACACCAGACUUUUCAUUGAGACUGAGUGUGCAUGUUGCACGUGGCUAGUCAAACACCAGGCUUUUCAUUGAGACUGCGUGUGCAUGUUGCACGUGGCUCGUCAAACACCAGACUUUUCAUUGAGACUGUGUGUGCAUGUUGCACGUGGCUAGUCAAACACCAGACUUUUCACUGAGACUGCGUGUGCAUGUUGCACGUGGCUAGUCAAACACCAGACUUUUCAUUGAGACUGCGUGUGCAUGUUGCACGUGGCUAGUCAAACACCAGACUUUUCAUUGAGACUGCGUGUGCAUGUUGCACGUGGCUAGUCAAACACCAGACUUUUCAUUGAGACUGCGUGUGCAUGUUGCACGUGGCUAGUCAAACACCAGACUUUUCAUUGAGACUGCGUGUGCAUGUUGCACGUGGCUAGUCAAACACCAGACUUUUCACUGAGACUGCGUGUGCAUGUUGCACGUGGCUAGUCAAACACCAGACUUUUCAUUGAGACUGCGUGUGCAUGUUGCACGUGGCUAGUCAAACACCAGACUUUUCAUUGAGACUGCGUGUGCAUGUUGCACGUGGCUAGUCAAACACCAGACUUUUCAUUGAGACUGCGUGUGCAUGUUGCACGUGGCUACUCAAACACCAGACUUUUCAUUGAGACUGCGUGUGCAUGUUGCACGUGGCUAGUCAAACACCAGACUUUUCACUGAGACUGCGUGUGCAUGUUGCACGUGGCUAGUCAAACACCAGACUUUUCAUUGAGACUGCGUGUUGCACGUGGCUCGUCAAACACCAGACUUUUCAUUGAGACUGCGUGUGCAUGUUGCACGUGGCUAGUCAAACACCAGACUUUUCACUGAGACUGCGUGUGCAUGUUGCACGUGGCUAGUCAAACACCAGACUUUUCAUUGAGACUGCGUGUGCAUGUUGCACGUGGCUAGUCAAACACCAGACUUUUCAUUGAGACUGCGUGUGCAUGUUGCACGUGGCUAGUCAAACACCAGACUUUUCAUUGAGACUGCGUGUGCAUGUUGCACGUGGCUAGUCAAACACCAGACUUUUCAUUGAGACUGCGUGUGCAUGUUGCACGUGGCUAGUCAAACACCAGACUUUUCAUUGAGACUGCGUGUGCAUGUUGCACGUGGCUAGUCAAACACCAGACUUUUCAUUGAGACUGCGUGUGCAUGUUGCACGUGGCUCGUCAAACACCAGACUUUUCAUUGAGACUGCGUGUGCAUGUUGCACGUGGCUAGUCAAACACCAGACUUUUCACUGAGACUGCGUGUGCAUGUUGCACGUGGCUAGUCAAACACCAGACUUUUCAUUGAGACUGCGUGUGCAUGUUGCACGUGGCUACUCAAACACCAGACUUUUCAUUGAGACUGCGUGUGCAUGUUGCACGUGGCUAGUCAAACACCAGACUUUUCAUUGAGACUGCGUGUGCAUGUUGCACGUGGCUAGUCAAACACCAGACUUUUCAUUGAGACUGCGUGUGCAUGUUGCACGUGGCUAGUCAAACACCAGACUUUUCACUGAGACUGCGUGUGCAUGUUGCACGUGGCUAGUCAAACACCAGACUUUUCAUUGAGACUGCGUGUGCAUGUUGCACGUGGCUAGUCAAACACCAGACUUUUCAUUGAGACUGCGUGUGCAUGUUGCACGUGGCUAGUCAAACACCAGACUUUUCAUUGAGACUGCGUGUGCAUGUUGCACGUGGCUACUCAAACACCAGACUUUUCAUUGAGACUGCGUGUGCAUGUUGCACGUGGCUAGUCAAACACCAGACUUUUCACUGAGACUGCGUGUGCAUGUUGCACGUGGCUAGUCAAACACCAGACUUUUCAUUGAGACUGCGUGUGCAUGUUGCACGUGGCUAGUCAAACACCAGACUUUUCACUGAGACUGCGUGUGCAUGUUGCACGUGGCUUGUCAAACACCAGGCUUUUCAUUGAGACGAUGCUGAAACAAUCCAUAGGAAUGUCGGUGCCGUAUUUUCAUUUGUGCCAAAAUCAAAUGAAAGAAAAGGUAUCUAGCAAAUUCACCGGGCUUUCGUGUGAAAUAGACUUUUUGAAGCAGUGUUUUUGUAUUACUUUGGUGUGGUUAUCAACACAAGUAACUUUUCCCCCACUCCUUAUUGAUCAAAUAAUUGUAUUAAGUCAUACAAUUUUUUGUACCGUGCGUGAAGUUUCAAAUGCGGUUGUCAUUACUACAUGUGUAAUGUGAUUAAUGUGACCAUGUUAAAAUACCUAUUUGGAUAGUCCCAUCUGUAGAUGCUCUACAAACGUUCAUACUGUCAAUAUGCUAUCAAGGUCAAACUAUCUGUUGAUAAGCAACUGCGGCUUCGUGUCAUGUUGCGGUUAGGGUUAUGUUGCGGUUAGGGUCAUGUUGCGGUUAGGGUCAUGUUGCGGUUAGGGUCAUGUUGCGGUUAGGGUUAUGUUGCGGUUAAGGUUAUGUUGCGGUUAGGGUCAUGUUGCGGUUAGGGUUAUAUUAGAAUAAGGGUUAAGGUUAGUAGAUAGUUAGUUGAAAUUUUACAGAUGCUUUACAGACGACCCACCCGAAACACGGCAAAGCCUUAUGUUUGAGGCAAAUUCAACACAACUCAUCACUGAGUAACUGUAUCAUUAUUUUCAUCACGGUAUGGGCAUGCUGGACAUCAGCAAAGACUGGGGAGUUUUUCAGGAUAAAAAUAAACGAGAUUAAGCUAAGCACAGGCAAAAUCCUAGAGGACAACCUGCUUCAGUCUGCUUUACACCAGACCCUGGGUGAGGAAUUCACCUUUCAGCAGGACAAUAACCUACAACACAAGGUUGAAUAUACACUGGAGUUGCUUACCAAGAAGACAGUGAAUGUUCCUGAGUGGCCAAGUUAGUUUUGGCUUAAAUCUGCUUGAAUCUAUGGCAAGACUUUAAAAUUGCUGUCUAGCCAUGAUCACCAACAUCUUGACAGAGCUUGAACAAUUUACUGUAGAAAAUAAUCAUUUUCAAAAAUCGAGGUGUGCAGAGAUCUUACUCCAAGAAGACUCACAGCCAUAAUACUUAUCUAAUCAAGGUAUAAAACAAAUUAAUUCAUCGAAACAAUAUAUACAGUUGAUGUCAGAAGUUUAUAUACACCUUAGCUAAAUACAUUUAAACCCAGUUUUUUACAAUUCCUGACAUUUAAACCUAGUAAAAAUUCCCUGUCUUUGGUCAGUUAGGAUCACCACUUUAUUUUAAGAAUGUCAAAUGUCAGAAUAAUAGUAAAGAGAAUUAUUGAUUUCAAUUUUUAUGUGUUUCAUCACAUUCCCAGUGGGUCAGAAGUUUACAUACACUCAAUUAGUAUUUGGUAGCAUUGCCUUUUAAAUUGUUAAACUUGGGUCAAACGUUUCGGGUAGCCUGUCCCAUUCCUAGAGCUGGUGUAACUGAGUCAAGUUUGUAGGCCUCCUUGCUCGCACACACUUUUUCAGUUCUAACCACAAAUUUUCUAUAGGAUUGAGGUCAGGGCUUUGUGAUGGCCACUCCAAUACCUUGACUUUGUUGCCCUUAAGCCAUUUUGCCACAACCUUGGAAGUAUGCUUGGGGUCAUUGUCCAUUUGGAAGACCCAUUUGCGACCAAGUUUUAACUUCCUGACUGAUGUCUUGAGAUGUUGCUUCAAUAUAUCCACGUCAUUUUCUUUCCACAUGAUGCCAUCUAUUUUGUGAAGUGCACCAGACCCUCCUGCAGCAAAGCACCCCCACAACAUGAUGCUGCCACCCCCGUGAUUCACGGUUGGGAUGGUGUUCUUCGGCUUGCAAGCCACCCCCUUUUUCCUCCAAACAUAACGAUGGUCAUUAUGGCCAAACAGUUCUAUUUUUGUUUCAUCAGACCAGAGGACAUUUCUCCAAAAAGUACAAUCUUUGUCCCCAUGUGCAGUUGCAAACCGUAGUCUGGCUUUUUUUAUGGCAGUUUUGGAGCAGUGGUUUCUUCCUUUCAGGUUAUGUCGAUAUAGGACUCGUUUUACUGUGGAUAAAGAUAUUUUGUACAUGUUUCCUGCAGCAUCUUCACAAGGUCCUUUGCUGUUCUGGGAUUGAUUUGUACUUUUCACACCAAAGUACAUUAAUCUCUAGGAGACAGAACACGUCUCCUUCCUGAGCAGUAUGACGGCUGCGUGGUCCCGUGAUGUUUAUGCUUGCGUACUAUUAUUUGUACAGAUGAAUGUGGUACCUUCAGACGUUUGGAAAUUGCUCCCAAAGAUGAACCAGACUUGUGGUGGCCUACACAUUUUUUUUCUGAGGUCUUGGCUGAUUUAUUUUGAUUUUCCUAUGAUGUCAAGCAAAGAGGCACUGAGUUUGAAGGUAGGCCUUGAAAUACAUCCACAGGUACAUCUCCAAAUUUUGUCAAUUAGCCUAUCAGAAGUUUCUAAAGUCAUGACAUCAUUUUCUGGAAUUUUCCAUGCUCUGUAAUUAUAAGUGAAAUAGCCAGUCUGUGAACAACUGUUGGAGAAAUUACUUGUGUCAUGCACAAAGUAGAUGUUCUAACAGACUUGCCAAAACUAUAGUUGUUAACAAGAAAUUUGUUGAGUGGUUUAAAAAAGAGUUUUAAUAACUCCAACCUAACUGUAUGUAAACUUCAACUGUGUGUGUAUGUGUGUGUGUGUAUAUAUAAUAUAUUAUAUUAUAUUAUAUAUAUUUAAAAAAAAUUGACAGAGUGUUUUGUGUAGAUAAAAAAAAAAACAUUUGAGUCCCACUUUGUAACACAAUAAAAUGUGAAGAAAUCGGGGGGGGGGUACUUGUGGGGUGAAAGCGGGGUGAAUACUUGUGAUAUGUAGUCUAAAUCCUGAAUCCAAAUUCAGACGUAACAGGGAAAUGUCAAAUGAUUCAAUACUGUAAAUAGUUCAUGUGUGUUAUUUUAUUGCAUAUUGGCAAUGUGGAUUACAUCAUGGUAUUAUUUAAAUAUUUAACAACUUUAGAGUAUGAAAGUGCCUUCAAAGUUGUUCAUCUCUGUGUUGAUGUAAAAUGUGUCUGUUAUUGAACCCAACAGUUGCUUGUAGAGCUGAAAAAUAAAAUAAAAAAUUUUUACACUUCA